AUGGCCAUUGCACAAAGACUUCUCAUCACUAUGUCCUGUGAAGCCAGCGUUCACUGGACGUUGCCUGCUUUUGUUCUCUUGGGUUUUCUGGCUGGGAUUGUUUCAUCGUAUCCAGUUGUAAGCAGAACUAAUGGCACAUUGCUGGAGAGAGGAUGGGAGUCUCUGUUGUCCAGGUCCAUUGCUGGGAUGUCAGGAGAGAAAUCAGAUGUGAACUGGGAGAGUGACUAUUUGCUAGGAAUCAAGAGGCAGCGGAGGCUUUACUGCAAUGUGGGCAUCGGGUUUCACCUUCAAAUCCUCCCAGAUGGAAGGAUAAGCGGUGUUCAUAAUGAAAACCAAUACAGUCUUUUAGAAAUAUCAACUGUGGAGCGAGGUGUUGUUAGCCUGUUUGGGGUGAAAAGUGCUCUCUUUGUAGCAAUGAACAACAAAGGGAGGUUAUAUGGAACGGCAAUUUUUCAAGAUGAAUGCAAAUUCAGAGAAACCCUGCUGCCCAAUAACUACAAUGCAUAUGAAUCUAGUGCUUACCAAGGGGGUUACAUAGCGCUCAGCAAACACGGGAGAGUGAAAAAAGGAAACAAAGUCUCUCCUGCGAUGACAGUGACACAUUUUUUGCCCAGAAUAUGA